ACCUAAAUCUAUAUCGCACCGUCCACCGUAUACCUUCGCGAUGCCACCACCACUUUCCUCCUCGCCGCUGGCCGUCCGGCCAUCUCUCUUAGCCUCAUCUCCCUCUUCCCCUUCCUAGAUCGACACCCCCUUCCUCUCCCGAUCAGGAUUAGCACACGACACCCUUUCUUCUCCGUCCAACCACACCGCAUCUCCUCCAACCCCUCCUUUUGGGUGAGAAGAGGAGCCGUUCUUCACAUUCCGGUGAUUUUUCCUUCAUCCAUCUCCGAUCCAGCAUUCCAGCAAUUGUUGCUCCCUACCGACUCUAUUUAUUUGGAGAUCGGUCUAGUUUUGUGGCGACUUACAACAAUUAAAAAGAAAGUUUUCUUUGUCCUGCAAGAAGUAAGUCAGGGAAGUUCUGAUCGGAAAGGAGUAAACUAGUUGGCAAAGCUUGAGCUUUUUCUAGUUUUCUCUUGCCAAAAUCCCUUCUGCGGGGAAAUCAGCGGCAUAAGAAGCAUCGUUUUAGCGCUUUGUGGUCUCAGUUGAUGCCAUUGAAUGAAAACUACGGCUUUGGCGACUUAGAUGCAACCAGUGUCAGUUUGUUCUUUGAUCUUUGCAAUGGGUCCAAAGACCAGUAGCUGUCCUUUUGAAUUUCCAUUAGAUUUGGGGAAGCUGUAUCCACUUGUUGCCUGAAUGGUCUUGCAGGGAAAAUGGGAAUUCUGCUUUGAAGGCACUCCUUAAUCAUUGUACCUUUUCCUUUGCAUGUUAGAGUGCUGAUUUGCUGAUGUCCGUGGUAGCGGAGAAAGCCGAGCCUUUGACCGCCUCUUCAUCUUCUCUAGAGGUGGACCCACUUCUCAAGGAUUUAACAGAGAAAAAGUUAAUCUUUAAGAAGAACGUAGCUACGUUGGCAGCUGAGCUGAAAGAUGUCCGGCGCCGCUUGGUUUUGCAGGAGCAGUCUUUUGCGAAAGAGGCCCAUGCUAGGAAGGUAGUAGAGAUGAGAGCAGGGAGCAUGGAAGAGGAAAUAGGCCGGUUGUAGAUGUGCUUGCAAGAGAAGGAUGAGAAGCUCAAUGCAACCUUGAGUACCACUCAGCAGGUAAAAGCAUUAGAAGUUUUAUGGUAGAUCCUGCCUUGAGCGAUGGCUAAAACAAUGUGGAAAGAAUGUUGGAAAGUGUCCUCAAUGUAGUAAGAAGUUUAGGCGAAAAGAAAUUGUUAAUCUUUAUGCACCAGUGAUUGUUGUACCUAAUGCUGAUCUAGAAAAGGAAGUGCAAUGUCUAAAGAAGGAAAACAUGUCUCUUAAAAUAGAGAGAAAUGUAUUGCUCAAGGAGAUUAAUAAGCAAAAGAGUGAGCUAGAGCUACAUGAAGCACGGGUAAUGGGAAUAGAUGGAUCCAGCCACAUUGUAAUAGUCUCAAGAAAGUCCCCUGGAAUUGAACGAGAGCAUGUCCUUGACAAGGUUGGCUGGGAUGAGUCAACUUUUGGAGAGAGGCAGCCAAGAGUCUCUCUUUGGGAGAUUGAGCCUUUAACAACGUUUCCAAUGUAUCCAUCUUCCUUUCCACUAAGGCUCAAGCGCCCUUGGCCUUCUGACUUGCCCUCACUACAUGGUGGGAGAGAUGAUCUUAUGUGGCUUCAAGAUGGAGGCAGAGCAAUCCAGUCUUUGAAUUUCCAGGGAUUCUGUAAUCAGACGUUUACCGAGUGCUAUUUCAAAAGCUGGAAAUAUGAGUGGCUGAAGGGGAAGAGAACACUAGGGAAGAUUUAGUUAAAUCUCUGCACAGAGCAAGAAGGAUAACGUUGGCACCAGUAAGAAGAAUAUUUGUGUACUAUCUAUUACCUUUUGAUGUUGUAAGAAAAAUAGUUAUGUGUAAUUUGUGGAU